UGCCACGAGGACGGCUCCCGCCUGCGGGCCGUGUUCGAUGCCCUGGACCGGGACGGGGACGGCUUCGUCCGCAUCGAGGACUUCGUCCAGUUUGCCACGGUCUACGGGGCAGAGCAGGUGAAGGGCCUGACCAGGUAUUUGGACCCCAGUGGGCUUGGCGUGAUCAGCUUCGAAGACUUCCACCAAGGGAUCACGGCGAUCAGAAAUGGAGGUUCGGAUGGCCAGCUGCACGGCGUUCCUGCUGCCCAGGAUGAGGGUCUCCCGGUCUGUCCUGAUGACUUCGACGACUUCAUCACCUGCGAGGUCACCGAGGUGACAGACAGCGCGUACGUGGGCUCCGAGAGCACCUACAGUGAAUGCGAGACCUUCACCGACGAGGACACGAGCACCCUGGUGCACGCCGAGCUGCAGCCCGAGGGGGACACGGACAGCGCAGGCGGCUCCGCUGUGCCCUCCGAGUGCCUGGAUGCCAUGGAGGAGCCCGACCGCGGGGCCCUGCUAAACGGCCCUGGCUUGUCCCACCCGCGAGGCCAGUCUGUGGUCACGGUGAUCGGUGGCGAGGAGCACUUUGAGGACUACGGUGAGGGCAGCGAGGCAGAGCUGUCGCCAGAGAGCCUCUGCAGCCGGGAGCUCGCCUGCAGGGAGCCAGCGCUCCUCACCCCCAGCUCCGACCCACUGGCUGCCAGGCUGCAUGGCCUCCUCUCCGACGAGGCUUCCGAGUUCCACUGUAGCCAGUGCCACAGACAGAUCAGCCGCCUCGAAGACCUUUCUGCUCGCCUGAGCGACCUUGAGAUGAAUAGUCCUGCAAAACGGCUGUCCAGCAGGAAGGUGGCAAGGUUCUUGCACCAGUCGGGGGCCCUGACCAUGGAGGCCCUGGAGGAGCCUGCUCCGGAGCCCGUGGACAGUCCCGAGGAGGACAUUGCUGACAAGGUUGUCUUCCUGGAGCAGCGGGUAUUAGAGCUGGAGAAGGGCACUGCGGCCACGGGGGAGCAGCAUGGCCGGCUGCGACAGGAGAACCUGCAGCUCGUGCACAGAGCCAACGCCCUGGAGGAGCAACUGAAGGAACAGGAGCUGAGGGCCUGUGAGAUGGUCCUGGCAGAGUCUCGGAGGCAAAAGGAGCUCUUGUGCAAGAUGGAGAGAGAGAAGAGCAUCGCAAUUGAGAGCCUGCAGGCCAGGCUGCAGCAGCUGGAUGAAGAGAAUGGCGAGCUGCGGUCCUGCACGCCCUGCCUGAAGGCCAGCAUCGCACGCCUGGAGGAGGAGAAGCAGAAGCUGCUGGGUGAGAUAGAGGAGCUGACACGGCGGCUCAGCGAGGAGCAAGAGGGCAAGAGGAAGCUGGGCGACCGGCUGAGCCACGAGAGGCACCAGUUCCAGAGAGACAAGGAGGCCACGCAGGAGCUGAUCGAGGACCUCCGCAAGCAGCUGGAGCACCUGCAGCUCUUCAAGCUGGACGCGGAGCAGAGGCGGGGCCGCAGCAGCAGCGCCGGGCUGCAGGAGUACCACAGCCGCACCCGCAAGAGCGAGCUGGAGCAGGAAGUCCGCAGGCUGAGGCAGGACAACCGCAGCCUGAAGGAGCAGAACGAGGAGCUGAAUGGGCAGAUCAUCACCCUCAGCAUUCAGGGUGCCAAGAGCCUCUUCUCCACCGCCUUCUCCGAGUCCCUGGCUGCAGAAAUCAGCUCUGUGUCCCGUGACGAG